AUGAUUACCCCAGAAGAAACAUUUGACGAAGCAUUAUCCAGUGGCCCUGAGGAUACAGACAUUUACAGUCAACAAACAACAGCAAGUGUAGAAUGUGGAGAUCAAUCACUAAAAAGCGAAAGAAAAAGUUCUACGGGGUUACAGCUGGAACAACUCGCCAAUACAAAUUUAUUGACUAUAAGAAUCAAAUGGAAACUACAAGAAGAAAAUGAUUUCAAUAAAUCUAGAAUAACUGAUGUGAUUAUGGACACAAUACAGCAUUAUAAAGGUAUUUCUGUGAACAAUGCUGAUUCGGAGGCAUAUGAAUUCCUUGCAGAUAAAAAAAGACUACAGAUUCUCGAGCAAAACAAAGACAUUUAUCUUUACGAGCAUGGAACACAAGAAUACGAAAAAUCUUUCAAGGAUAGCGAAAAUGAUGAAGAAGAUGAUUGGAAAUAUGAUACUGUUUUACAAGCACAAUUCAAAUAUCCCAGAUCUUUGGAAAAUACAUGUGCAGAUAUCUCAGAAUUACUGAGAAGUGAUGUUAAUGCCCAAUUUCUUGACAAAUGGUCCAUAGGUGUAAACAAGCAUGCGUUGACGUACCCUGGAAAUAUAUUUGUCGGGGGGAUUGCAAAAAGCUUGUCUAUUGGCGAAUUAAGUUUUCUUUUCUCAAAAUACGGACCCGUUUUGUCGAUGAAAUUGAUUUAUGAUAAAACGAAAGGGGAGCCUAAUGGAUAUGGUUUUUUUUCUUACCCUUUAGGUUCUCAAGCCUCACUUUGCAUCAAAGAACUCAAUGGUAAGACAAUAAGUGGGUCUACACUAUUUAUCAACUAUCAUGUCGAAAGGAAAGAGAGAGAGAGAAUUCACUGGGAUCAUGUCAAAGAAAACAACAACGAUGAUAAUUACAGGUGUCUUUUCAUUGGAAAUUUGCCUUAUCAUAAUCCAGAAAAGGAGGAAUCUUUAAUUACACCAAAGGAUGUUAUAGAUGUAAUUAAAAAGGAGUUAUCCAAGAAGUUUUCAGACUUUGAUAUCAUUUCAUACUAUUUCCCCAAGAAAAGUAAUGCGAGAAGUAGUAGCUCGGUUAGCUUCCAAGAUGAAGGAUCUAUAGACUCGAACAAAAUGUCCAAUAUUACAAAUGGAGCUGCCCAAGAAGAAGAUAUGUUGAAGGGUUAUGGAUUUAUUAAGCUUAUUAAUCAUGAACAGGCACUGGCUGCUAUUGAGACAUUCAAUGGUUUUAUGUGGCAUGGAAACAGACUCGUUGUUAAUAAAGCCGUUCAACAUAAGGUGUAUAAUAACCACAAUAAUCAUGAUAAGCAAUCCUCAAUUAGUAACCAUACCGAUAUGGAAGCCUUUGAAUUUACCAAUAGUCCAACGUACGAUUACAAUAAUUAUACAUAUGAUGGAUACUAUUUCAACAAUAUCAAGAUUGGCAACAGUAAUGACAGCUCCAAUGGACGGUACUUUGACUCAGUGAAAUCGACUCCUGUAACAGAAAAGAUGGAUUUGUAUUAUCCUCCAAGGGAAUCCUUCAGUGAGGGUCGUGGCCAGCGUGUGCCAAGGUUUAUGGGCAGUAAAUACGAUAUGUACCAAUACCCAUCCGCUUCUUGUGGCUUACCCAUACCAAUGAGCAACCAGCAGGAAUCAAACCUUUACGUGAAGCACAUUCCUCUUUCUUGGACGGAUGAAGAUCUAUAUGGCUUCUACAAGACCUUUGGAGAAAUAAUUAGCGUUAAGGUCAUUACUGUCGGCGGUAGCAAGAAUAAAUACCGUCAACAAUCGAAUGAUAGUUCUUCAGAUAGUGACUUACCGGUGGGAUCAUCAAGAGGUUAUGGAUUUGUUUCUUUUGAAAGCCCGUUGGAUGCAGCCAAGGCCAUUUCGAAUACAGACGGUUAUCAGGUGAGCAAAGAUCAAGUGUUAUCCGUCUCGUUCGCACAAAAACGUGGUAACUUACCUUCUGGCGACGAUGACGAUCUAUCUCAAACUGAUGAAUCAUCAAACUAUCAAGGUUCCCAGCCACAGAAUGAAUAUCAUAAAUCGUAUCCAACAAAGUAUAACAGAAAGUUCAUGAACGCCUUGAUGAACCAGAACCACCCACAACAGCAAGUCUCGAGAGAAAAUUAUUUCAUGCAAUAUCCUACUAAUAGUUCAAAAGCUGUGAACAGUUAUAACUUGAUAAGCGCAAAUCAAAACAACCCAAAUUGGAUGAUGCCAAUGUUUCCAUCGUUUGGCUUCAUUCCACAAGUGCCGCCAGUCCCUUACAUGAUACCUCCCCAAAAUCCAACAUUAAAUCAUAUUCCUAUAAUGACAAACGGUAAUAAUGAAGAAGAAGAGUUUUCCAAUGCUAAUUAUUCUAUGGAUUUUUAA